CCGGGCGUGAUUUUCAUUGAAGUUAUCUACCACCUCCGAAACGCGUCUGGUCCCCGGGUCUCGGAACUCACAAAGGCUGUCCACGAGAAUAUCUUCCUACUCAGCAGUCUCCAUUCCAUCUUCUUCUCUGACGUCGUUAAUUUCGAUACGGACCACGCUGCUCGCUCCUCUGCCGAGUUUCAUGCUUUAUUAGCCUCGCGUUUUGGAAAGAUGGUCUCGUAUCUUGUUCCGCGUGCUUGCAGUCAGGCUGUGAAGCGUGUUGCGAGAAUCAUUAAUUUUCACACUCAGGGUUACCGACGUGAACUCAGUAUGCACUUUGAUAUUGAGAACUUUCGAACAUUUCGUUUUUUUAAUCACGGGGGCUUCUGA